UCCAUGGUCGAAAAGAGCAUUAGAACGCGAAGCACGUUUUCAUCAUAAUCGAAUUGCUAAUGAAAUUGGUCCAGUCGCAUAACAGAAAUUAACUUUUCAUGUCCAUUUAAACUUGAAGGACUUUGGUGAUUAUUUAGCGACUUUAGGAGAUGGAGUAAACAUAUAUCUGAAUCAACAAAAGAUUGCAAAUUGAUGGCCUAAAAUUGGUGCAUUACGUAAUAUUCGUGGUGUUUAUAUAUCAAUUUUGAGUUAGAAAGAGACGGCAGUAGUGUGUUUGCUAUUUGGCGUUGCCAUAUAGUGAAAAAAAAAAAUAAAAAUAUGCCACGCAUAGUGCCCUUACAAUUAUUAAAGUGCCUGCGGGUGCUGUUGGAUACCAAUGGUGGUAUACUUAGUGCGACAGAAGUAAAACGUAUAGCUGGGUUAAUGACGAAAUAUUCAAAAAAGCUAGUCUCGAAGUGCGUUUACGUUCAGAUUUUAAAAUCUACUAAAACGGAACUACUUGGAGAUUUUAUGAGUGUUGGUGGCUGGGCCUUGGUCUGCACUUGGCUGAGUGAUGCGAUACGUACAAUGAACUGGCCUCUCGUACAAGAAAUACUUGAACUCUUGCUACUUUCUCCUGUUGAUGUAAAUAGAUUAAAAAUAAAUUCGGCGCCCAUUUUGGUGAAGGGGCUUUGUAAAGAUGGGGGCAAUGAAGGUGUUCGUAUAUUGGCUAAGCGGUUGGUUGAGCAGUGGCUUAAAAUCGUUACUGAAAAUCCAAGUGGGACAGCAGUAACCAGUUCACCUAGUGGGGUCGUCGAGUCGCAGAGCGGUUCUGGAGCAGAUCAGAAGGACUCGCAUAUGGAGCACAGCUCGUCGGACAGUACAGACAGCGGCGGUGCGCCCGUUAAGCAAAACUACACGAUUACUUCGGACGAGCGCAAACGCAAUAUAGUUAUAACAAUCAAAACUGUUGACAAAUCUGCGUCAUCGUUAGCAACCGCAGAUAGUGUAUAUAAUGAUGACGAUAGUUCCUUACCACCGUCUGAGACGGGCUCAGAGUCCAGAGGGACCGAGUCUAAUGCUCAUUUAGAAAGUUCUGAUAAAACUAAUUUAGAUGAUAGUAGUAAAAAUGAUUCAAAGAUCGAUGACGAGGCUGAUAAGAAGCACAAAAGUGCGCGCGACAAGAGUAGGCGGUCUGAGAAAGAUCGUGACAAGGAUAGGAAAUCGUCUAGUAGUCACAGAUCCUCUUCGUCUAGCCAUAAGUCGUCUUCGUCAUCCUCGAAUUCAAAGAGCUCCUCGAAGAGUUCAUCAUCUUCGUCCCAUCGUAGCUCGAGCGACAAGCAUCGUGACAAGGACAAGGCACGAUCAAGUUCCAGUUCUAGCUCGAGUAAAGAUAAAGAUCGCAAGGAGGGUUCUAGCUCAUCCUCAUCAUCUAACAAGCAUAAAUCCUCAAAAUCCUCGUCAUCGUUGUCAUCGUCAAACUCUAGUACGUCCAAAGAUCGCAGUCGCGAUAAGGACAAAGACAAGGCGUCUUCGUCGUCGUCAACAGCCGCCUCCUCUAAAAAGGAGAAUGAUAAAGAUAAUAAAUUGAUGCCGCCGCCAACAGCGACUGCAUCCGAGAAAAAAACUAAAGAGGGUGAUGCCGAUGUGCAGAAGCCCAAAUCGAUAUCCAUACCUAAUAGAAAGGCAUCGAUAUCGAUCGAAAUACGCCGUGAUACCGAAAAGACGGCCACGGUAAAGACGUAUCAGUCCAAAUUUCGUUCCCAUGGUCUCACCGAGGAGGCGCCACCCCCACCCUCGCGCAAAGGUCUGAAGAAGCCCACGUCCACUGCACCCACAUCAGCAGCAGCAUCGGUGUUGCCGCCGGCGACGGCACUGAAGAGACCUUCCCCACCGCCUAGCAGGGAUACGCCCGCCGAGAAGAAGCCCAAGAUAGACAUCAACAAUCUGAGCGGACAUGUAGACCGGCCGGGAUCCGUUAAGCUGAUUGCACCCAAAAAGAUUUCAACUCUGGUGGAAACGAAUCUCUUCUCGGAUGCGCUCGCUGCCUCCAUAGAGCCCAAGAAGGUUGUCAAGCGCAAGCGACUUAAUGCAGCUGCUUCGCCCACGGAGAAAGAUGCGCCGCUGGCGCCAUUGAAGUUCUAUCAGGACACUCUCGAUGAAUCGAAGAGUGAGGAUAAGUCUGAUGAUAGCACCAAGGAAAAUGAUGACAGCAGAACGGGGUCGCCAGGCAAAGAAACUGAUGCGGACGAUGAUGAUAUACCAUUGAAGAAGGUCAAGGAGGACAUUGAGCAGAAGGUGCAGCGAGAGAAGUCGGCGGGGGAGAAUGGCGAUGGCGAUGGCAGUGCUGAUGAUGCGGACGACACGCCCGAAGAGCCCAAGAAACCAGGACCUGGCUGCGGACCCAAUGGACCGCCGGGCGUGCUGAUGCUGCAUCGACGACGGGGACCCAAGAAGAAGCUCACCUGGCAGCCUGAUGAGAAAUUGACGCAAAUUCGCUACUUCGAGGUGGAUCGAUCGGAGCGCGUAAAUGUGACCAAGCAGAGCUUCCUUGAAAUGAAGAACAUGGAGCGUUACAGCGAACGCGAUGCGUUGAACAUCGCGCGGCGGGGCUUCGACGAUAUCAUGGAGCCGCAAAUGGAGUGGCGUCCGCUGAUCGAGGUGGACAAUGUGCCCGAUCAUCCCAAUGGCAAUCUGUCCAAGCAGCGUGUGGUGCAGGCGGAACGAGAGGCAACUACGUUGCGGGCUCUCUACUUCUCGCCGGACAUGAUACCGGACAGCCCAGCCGAGGCGGAGCUGGAGCCGCACUUCUCGCACGACAUUCCAAUUAUACCCAUUGAUGAUUUAACUGGCAAUCCGGAUGCGGUCAAUGACUACAGCUUGUUGCCCUGGCCGGAGCCGAAGGGCUACAGUGCGGCCAGCAAUGAGACGGGCUACAGUGACAACAUGAACAACGCGAAUCCCAGUAUGAAUCCCAAUAUGAUGCCAUCCAACAAUCCCUUCCAGCCGUUCGGCAACAAUUACAUGCCCGGCGCGGGGAAUAUGCCACCAAAUCCAACGUCACAGAUGCCCAUGAAUAUACCACAAACGGGUCCGCCGCCCAUCUGGCAGAAUCAGAUGGGCAGUCCCAUGAUGAAUCCCAUGAACGGACCUCCUGGUCCCAUGGACAUGAGCACUCCACCUGGCAUGCCUCCCAACUUUAUGGGCAAUCAGUUUGGCAGUCCUGGCGGUCCGUUUGGUGGGCCUCCGGGCUUCAACAACAUGAACUAUCCGCCAAUGAUGAUGAACGGACCUGGACCUGGUCCGGGCCCGGGACCGGGACCCAAUGGGCCCAUGAUGAACGGACCGAUGCCCAAUGGCAUGGGACCCAUGAUGAAUGGUGGCGGACCACGCAACAACAUGAACAACAAUCGCAAGAACAACGGAGGCGGAGGAGGCGCUGGCGGCGGCAAUUGGCGCAGCGGCGGCAACAAUUUCCAGGACAACUCCGGCGGCAAUUGGCGGUCAGCGGGCUCUGGCUCCAAUCGUGGCGGGGGCGGUGGCAACAACAACACGGGCAUCUGCAAGCAGUUUAUGCGUGGUCACUGCCACAUGGGCAAGUCCUGCAAGUACGUGCAUCCGCAGAAGAAGCGUAUGUAGGAUUCGCCCGAAUCUUCCGAGGAAGAUUCGCAUAUAUAGAUCUCACAGAGCGCCACAGCUUUGCACACAAUCCCAAUCACACCCCCGGCCCCCAUGUAUAUUCACAUAAAUCUCUGCGAUAUGGACUGUGAUCCCAGACUAAUGCGGAUCACAAGCCACGCUGUUACCCCAGCCAAUGAAGACUGUAGCCUGGAACGCCAAUAGGAGGAGGAUAGCUAGAGGCACU